UAACCCGAGAUGGAGACCAACCUAACCCAUUGUACGAAACAAAAACAUAUAGCCUACGUCAAACUAACUUUCUCUUUACAAUUAACCUAAGGCGACAGGUAAGGUUAAUGUUACGCAACUCCAAACUAAUCUCAAUUCAUAAUAUCCUAUGGUUUUAGUAAGGCUACCUUUUCUUGAUCUUGAACUAACAUUUUGUACAACACUUGGCCCAUUCUAAUGACAUGUUGUAUGCGUGCAACAACAUUAACCCUUAAACCGCCGAAACGAAACCUCCAACAUUGUCAGAUGCACCAGCUCCCGCCGCAGAAGAGGCACCUGCGCCUGCCGCUGCUGAACCCCCCGCUGACGCCGCCGAUGCUCCUGCGGAAGCCCCACCUGCCCCAGCCCCCGAGGCAGAAGCCCCCCCAGCUCCUGAGGCAGAGGCCGCCCCUGCCCCAGCCCCUGAGGCAGAGGCCCCCCCAGCUGAAGCCCCUGCCGAGGCGCCCGCCGCUCCUGCCGCAGAAGAGCCAGCUCCAGCUCCCGAAGCUGCCGCUCCAGUCGAGGCUGCCGCCCCUGCUGAAGAAGGCGCCGCACCUGCAGCCGCCCCGGCUGAAGGAGAGGAGGCCCCCGCCGAGGCUGCUCCCGCACCUGCCGAUGCUGCUGCUCCUGCUGCAGAAGAAGGGGCUGCCCCAGCAGCCGAAGGGGAGGCCGCCCCAGCAGCCGAAGGGGAGGCCGCCCCAGCUGAAGCCGCCCCAGCCGAGGGUAAAGCCGGAUCGUCCUUAACCCCUUAGACAAGCUAACCCAGCUUACCGUUAUCCAUACUGUACCUACCGAACCCUACAGUACCUACAUAACGAGCAGUGCAACUGAAAGCUUUUGUUUGCUAUGCUAUACUACUACCGAAGAACAAAACAGGUACCCAACCAAAACAGACUGCCAUGGAAAAAGGAUGGAGAUGAGUAAGGCUAACUGGUUAACGCUAACUCCGGGGACUUUCGUCAUCCAUCCCUCCUCCUUCUAUUUUCUUUUGCUUCGUGAUUAGCAUUAAUGCUACCGUCGGGCAGCUUUGCUAACUGACUUCCGACCUUUAACCUCCACAUGCUAUAGCUCCUGCAGAGGAUGCUGCCGCCGCUGCUCCAGCCGCCGAGGCCCCUGCGGAGGGUGCCGCCGCUGAGGC